AUCAUUUUAUACUACAUUCAUCGCAAUAACAAAUUCACGACCAACUAAAUAACUGCUAAUACAAGUGCAAAAUAUACUUAUAUCGCUUUUUACGCUACGUUAACGAUUUUUUGUAUAACUUGUGACGAGAAGAUGCAAAAUAACACGUACAAAGUAAAGUCGUAGAGUUAAGAAGAUAUUUGAGAAAAUUACUUACGUGUACAAAGAUGCAGUUGUUGUUGUUUUUGUUUGUGAUAGCCGGUGUCCUAACACAAGUGCAUUGCAAUGCAAGAAAUGUUAGAGCCGUUAUUAAUCCAGUAGGGAAUAUUUUAAAUAAUUGUGCUGAACUUGAGAAACUAUGUGGAAAUUAUGUGGAUAUAAAAACUAAUAAAUUAUCCAUGCUGGACUGUGUGAAUGCGUUAUCACCAAGUCAGUUAGAAACACUCUCUGACAAAUGUCAACACUCAUGUUGGCACCAACAACGCAUGUUGCUGACCGAGCAAUGGCUAAAUGAACAAUUUACCAAAAAUUGCACCAAUGAAAGUGAUCGCUUGUCACCAUGUCUAAAUGCUGUUGAUAUGUGGAGUUGCUUAAAGGAACGGGUCGAUCAAUUGCCAAAUAAUAAUAAAUGUCGCUCUUAUAUGCGACAUGUGCAUAGAUUGCUAUUUCCCGAUUAUGACGUAGUUGGUGAUUUUCUUGCCGCCUGCGAUACGCAUGUUGAACAAUUAGAAUGCGGUCGCCUGAAUAUCGAACACAGAAGCAUGUCACAAUGGGAGACUGUGCAAUGUUUGCAUGAGACUGGUUUUGAUGUCAUCGAUGACAGUUGUAAGAAAGCAAUUAGUCGCAUACAAAUGCAACGACAAGAAUAUGAAUUUUUCGAAAUUUGUGCGGCAGAUUUACAGAGGCUAUGUGGGCAGGAACAUCCUGGCACACCAGCGGCAUUUAAGUGCUUAGUAAAAAAUAAAAGUAACCCCUCCUUAUCUCGGCAAUGUGCUGACCAAAUUUCUCUAAGAGAUCGAGAAAUUGGUAAAGAUUAUAAAGUAUCACAUGGACUAGCAAAGGCUUGCAAGGAUGAUAUAAAACUUCAUCACUGUCGUCGUGGAGUGUCAGACGAUAAACAAGUACGUCUUGCACAAAUUCUACUAUGCCUUGAAUCAGUUACCAAAAAUGGCACAAAAUUAGCUCCUGAGUGCCACGCUGAAAUCGCUGAUCAUCGCCGCAUGCUUUUAGAGGAUUAUCAACUCUCUCCAGAAAUACUGACAGAUUGUGCUGACGAUAUUCCAAAAUUUUGUGGUCAGAUUGAUAAGCGACAAAAUGUUGUAGGUGGUAGUAUUGGUGGUGAAAUUAUACACUGCUUAAUGGAAAAUGCGCGCACAAAACGGCGUCAUGUGACAGCACAGUGUCAGCGCACAUUAGAAACACUUAUUAAAGUUAGCGACGCUGGUGAGGAUUGGCGAGUCGAUCCAGUUUUACAUCGCGCUUGCAAGCCAGUUGUUGAUAUUGCUUGCCGAGAUAUCGACGGUGGUGACGCACGAGUUAUUUCUUGUCUAAUGGAAAAUAUUGGUACACAAGUUAUGCGACCCGAUUGUGAGCAAGCAUUGUUGCUUAUACAGUAUUUUGUUGCACGCAAUUUUAAAUUGGAUCCUCAACUUUAUAAGCAUUGCCAUGAUGAUGCUAUAAAAUAUUGCAAUGCCAAGCAUGUUUGGGAUGACGUUACUGAUGCCCAAAUGGAUCCCGAAAGAGCGCCACUUAUAUUACCAUGUUUACAUAGAAUUGCUUACAGUGAUAAUGCAGAAGAAAGCUUACGCAAGGACUGUUUCAAGGAAGUCAAACGAGUAAUGCGACAACGUGCAAUUUCAGUUGAUUUAAUACCCGAAGUAGAAGACGUUUGCAUUGAGGACUUAUCAAGUCUAUGCAUAGACGAUACAAAAAAAGGUGCUGAAAUGGAGUGCUUGCAGGAUAAUUUAGAAAAACUGCAACCGAAGUGUAAAGAAGCUGUUUCUGCUUACACCGAAGAAGAAGCUGCACAUGUAGAACUUAAUCCCGUAAUUAUGUCUGUUUGUUCAGAGGCAAUGAAAAGACAUUGUGAGCAUAUCAUUAAAGGAGGCAAGGAUAAAGGUGAUAUGAUGGAAUGUCUUAUAUAUCAUAAAAAUGAUGCAGAUUUACGUCAGGAUUUGAAAUGUCGAGCAGCAAUAGAGCACUUUCAAAUAAUAUCACUUAAAAACUAUCACUUUACAUAUAAAUUUAAGCAAGCAUGUCGCCAAAAUGUACAACGGUUUUGUGCUGCUAGUACGACUAAGAACGAAGUGGUGGCUUGUUUAAGCGAGGUAAUGCGUAAUGAUACAAUUCGUGGUCAAAAACAUUCUAUUACAAAAGAAUGCAGACAACAAGUAAAAUCACAAUUGUAUCAACAACGGGAAUCUAUCUCUUUGGAUCCGAAAUUGGCUCGUGCUUGUAAAAAUGAACUCGAGCAGUUUUGUGCAGCUGAAAGGGGUCCUGGUCAGGUGAAUAUAAAUGCAGUCGAAUGUCUCACAAUGCAUACCCCUCAGUUAGGCAACACCUGUCAUCAUGCCGUAUUUAUGAUUAAAAAGUCUGAAUUAGGUGAUAGCGACACGGAUUAUACUUUAAUAAAUACUUGCAAAGAAAUGAUUUACAAAUUCUGUCCAAAUACUGAUUCAAUACAUAUACUAGACUGCCUUAAGACAUAUAAAGAUGAUCCCUUAUUCGACUCCCGUUGUCAUUUGGUUGUUGUUAAUCGUAUGAUUGAGCAAAAUACAGACUUUAGAUUUAAUCCAAAACUCCAACAAGCCUGUGGACAAAAUAUUGAUCGGUAUUGUUCGGAUAUCAUAGCUACUGCGCAACCUAAUGAAGAACUUAAUGGCAAGGUUAUACACUGCUUAAAGGAUAAGUUCCGAGAAUCUCGACUUGAUCAUGAUUGCGCACAAGAAAUGAUCAAAAUCUUGCAGGAACAAGCUCUGAAUUACAAAUUAAAUCCGCUUUUGCAAAAUUUCUGCAAAUCCGAAAUAGAAGUUUUAUGCAAACAAAGUCUUAACAUUAAAGAAGAUCACGGUCUGAUUGAAGAAUGUUUAAAAACUGCUUUUCUGAAUCAAAAAAUUAUAAAUCGCGAUUGCAAAAUUGAAGUCGCAGGAUUAAUUGCAGAAGCCAAAGCGGAUAUACAUGUUGAUCCGAUGUUGGAAGAAGCAUGCACUGUUGAUUUACUUCGAUACUGUUCAAAUGUCAAAAGUGGGAAUGGACGCAAACUGAAAUGUCUGCAAACACUCCUGCAAGAUCAGUCAACAGCACUCGAAGAAGAUUGUAGACUUAAACUGAAACGUCGUAUUGAAAUGUUCAGAAAUGCCGAUACUGUAUUGGCGCAGCCACCAGAAAAUGUGGAACAACUCGUUACACAAGUUGUGACGUCACCUGCUAAAAAAUUCUUCCUUGUAAUUUUAAUGACAGCAGUGGGUAUGGUCUUCUUAAUGGGUAUAUUCUUGGGUAGAGUUACAAAACGUGCAAUGAAUAUCAAAAAUAAAUAAUAACAAUAAUACAUUUAAGUGACUGACAAGUCUUACACAAUUGCAGCAAACGCUAAGUUAACUAUAAAAUAAUAUUUUUCUACAAGAAAAAAAAAACUAAAAACAAAACAUUAAGAAACAGAAUAAAUGUUGAGCAGUCCAAAUUGCUGACCCUCUAAUCUCAUCCAUGUUUAGAAACUUGACCAGCAAAGCUCUUCAAAAUUGUUAGUCAAAUAGUAUUUGCCAAAAAAGAAAAAACAUUUAUUAUUUUUUUCUGACUGAUGUUUAAAGGUGUAUAUAAUAUUUACAUCUUUUACUA